AUCCCUUUCACUGUCACAGCCGGGGGAAAAGCAAGAGAAGAGAGAGAGAGAGCUGGAGCAAAAACUUUUGUGCAGCACGCAGCGGCUAACAAAACAUUUAAAGUCUGAAGCUUUCACUCUAAACCCAAACUGGGGUCACCUCAAGUUCAGCACUAAUGUCUUGCAUUUGUAGCAUUAGCUCAAUCUCUUCUUUCUCUUCUCCAAGGAAAUCAGUAUCUAAGCCCCCAAUUUUUCAAUGCUCCCUCCCAGGUAAUUUUCUCCCAGGGACAGUGGUGGAACCGAAGACUGCCUCUGUGGCUGAACCCUUGUUGCUGAAUGCUGUUAGAGGAGAAGAUGUUGAAAGACCCCCAGUUUGGCUUAUGAGGCAAGCAGGGAGGUACAUGAAGAGUUACCAAAUCAUUUGUGAGAAGUAUCCUUCAUUUCGUGAAAGAUCAGAAAAUGUUGAUCUUGUAGUGGAAAUUUCUCUGCAGCCUUGGAAUGUUUUUAAGCCAGAUGGGGUCAUUUUAUUCUCAGACAUUCUUACUCCACUUUCUGGGAUGAACAUACCUUUUGACAUUGUGAAAGGUAAAGGCCCUGUUAUAUUCAAUCCUUUACGCACUGCUGCAGAUGUUGAUCAAGUAAGAGAAUUUUUUCCGGAGGAGUCAGUUCCAUACGUUGGAGAAUCAUUGACAAUCCUUCGAAAAGAGGUAGAUAAUAAGGCUGCAGUGCUUGGUUUUGUUGGGGCUCCUUUUACGCUGGCAUCAUAUGUUGUUGAAGGUGGUUCAUCAAAGCACUUUUCAAAAAUAAAAAGAUUAGCUUUCUCUCAGCCUAAGGUACUUCAUGCAUUGCUUCAGAAAUUUGCAAUCUCAAUGGCAAAAUACAUUCAAUAUCAAGCUGACAAUGGGGCUCAAGCUGUUCAAAUCUUUGACUCAUGGGCCACAGAGCUUAGCCCUGUUGAUUUUGAGGAGUUCAGUCUUCCAUACCUGAAGCAGAUUGUGGAUACUGUGAGAAGAACACAUCCAAAUCUCCCUCUAAUCCUUUAUGCAAGUGGAUCUGGGGGCUUGCUUGAGAGGUUAGCUUUGACAGGUGUGGAUGUAGUUAGCUUGGAUUGGACAGUGGAUAUGGCUGAAGGUAGGAGGCGAUUGGGACCUGAUAUGGCAGUUCAGGGAAAUGUAGAUCCUGGAGUCCUUUUUGGCUCAAAGGAUUUUAUCACUAAUCGGAUAAAUGAUGUUGUGAGAAAAGCUGGUAAAGGGAAACACAUAUUGAAUCUUGGUCAUGGAAUUGUAGUAGGCACACCAGAGGAGAAUGUUGCUCAUUUUUUUGAGGUUGCUAAAGGAAUUAGAUACUAAAAGUAGACAAUGGUUAGUUGAUUUUCUGAUAAAUGAGUUUUAUGUAUUCUUAGCUUCUUUUCUUCUUUUAUAGAAAUCGAUACUGUUCCAUGAAAAUUCAUUAGCAUUUUCAUUA